AACCGCGGCGAACAGUGUUCUUCUCGCCGGUCUCGGUUCACUCUGACCCAAGGUCUGCGAGGUCUCGUACAAAUUCCCCGAAGCAUCGCGUGCCCUAGCCAUGGCCCAGGCGCUGUACCACAAGGAAUUCGCCCGCGCGGGCAAGCAGGCGGGGCUGCAGGUCUGGAGGAUCGAGAAGCUGGAGCUGGUACCCGUGCCCGAGAACGUUUACGGCGACUUCUACGUCGGGGAUGCCUACCUGGUACUCCACACGGCCAAGGCCAGCCGGGGCUUCACCUACCGCCUGCACUUCUGGCUGGGGAAGGAGUGCUCUCAGGAUGAAAGUACAGCUGCUGCCAUCUUUACUGUUCAGAUGGAUGACUAUUUGGGUGGCGAGCCAGUACAGAACAGAGAACUUCAAGGCUACGAGUCCACUGAUUUUGUUGGCUAUUUCAAAGGAGGUCUGAAGUAUAAGGCUGGAGGUGUGGCGUCGGGACUGAAUCACGUUCUCACUAACGACCUGACUGCGCAGAAGCUCCUGCAUGUGAAGGGCCGGAGAGUGGUCAGGGCCACGGAAGUUCCCUUAAGCUGGGACAGUUUCAACAGGGGUGACUGCUUCAUCAUUGACCUUGGCUCUGAAAUUUACCAGUGGUGUGGAUCCUCGUGCAACAAAUAUGAACGUCUGAAGGCCAGCCAGGUUGCCGUUGGCAUUCGGGACAAUGAGAGGAAAGGAAGAGCUCAGCUCAUUGUGGUGGAAGAAGGGAGCGAACCGCCAGAGCUUAUAGAGGUGUUAGGGAAAAAGCCAGAGCUUAGGGAUGGAGAAGAUGAUGAUGACACCAGAGCAGACAUAACCAACAGGAAAAUGGCCAAGCUCUACAUGGUUUCAGAUGCCAGUGGGUCCAUGAAGGUGAGUGUGGUGGCAGAAGAAAACCCCUUCUCCAUGGCAAUGCUGCUUUCCCAAGAAUGCUUCAUUUUGGACCAUGGAGCCGCCAAACAAAUUUUCGUGUGGAAAGGUAAAGAUGCUAAUCCCCAGGAGAGAAAGACUGCCAUGAAGACAGCUGAAGAAUUCCUGGAGCAAAUGAAUUAUUCUAAAAAUACUCAAAUUCAAGUGCUUCCGGAAGGAGGUGAAACACCAAUCUUCAAACAGUUCUUUAAAGACUGGAGAGAUAAAGAUCAGAGCGAUGGCUUUGGGAAAGUGUAUGUCACAGAGAAAGUGGCUCGAAUAAAACAAGUGCCAUUCGAUGCCUCCAAAUUACACACUUCUCCACAAAUGGCGGCCCAGCAUAAUAUGGUGGAUGAUGGUUCUGGCAAAGUGAAGAUCUGGCGGGUAGAACACAAUGGUAGGGUGGAAAUUGACCAGAACUCAUACGGUGAAUUCUAUGGCGGUGACUGCUACAUUAUACUCUACACUUACCCCCGAGGACAGAUUAUCUACACGUGGCAGGGAGCAAAUGCCACGGGGGUUGAGCUGACGACAUCGGCGUUCCUGACUGUUCAGUUGGACAGGUCCCUUGGAGGACAGGCUGUGCAGGUUCGAGCCUCCCAAGGCAAAGAACCUGCUCACCUGCUGAGUUUGUUCAAAGAUAAACCGCUCAUUAUUUACAAGAAUGGAACAUCAAAGAAAGGAGGUCAGGCGCCGGCCCCCCCUACACGCCUCUUUCAAGUCCGGAGAAACCUGGCAUCCAUCACCAGAAUCUUGGAGGUCGAUGUUGAUGCAAAUUCAUUGAAUUCCAAUGACGUUUUUGUGCUGAAACUUCGGCAAAACAACGGCUACACUUGGCUCGGAAAGGGUGCCAGCCGGGAGGAGGAGAAAGGAGCAGAGUAUGUUGCAAAUGUCCUUAAAUGCAAAACCACGAGGAUUCAGGAAGGCAAGGAACCAGAGGAGUUCUGGAGUUCCCUUGGAGGGAAAAAAGGCUACCAGACCUCUCCCCUGCUAGAAACCCAGGCAGAAGACCACCCUCCUCGGCUUUACGGCUGCUCCAACAAGACCGGAAGAUUCACUAUUGAAGAGGUUCCAGGAGAGUUCACCCAGGAUGAUUUAGCAGAAGAUGAUGUCAUGUUACUAGAUGCUUGGGAACAGAUUUUUAUUUGGAUUGGCAAGGAUGCCAAUGAAGUUGAGAAGACAGAGUCUCUGAAGUCUGCCAAAAUGUACCUUGAGACGGACCCUUCUGGAAGAGACAAGAGGACACCAAUUGUUAUCAUAAAACAGGGCCAUGAGCCACCCACAUUCACAGGCUGGUUCCUGGGCUGGGAUUCCAGCAGGUGGUAAAGUGAUUUUUGUAGGAAAACAAACAAACAAACAAACAUUAUGGGGCAGUUGUCCCCUUGCUGUGUUUGGGGAAAAAAGGGAGGGUCUGUUUGUUUAUUUGACUUGAGAAAAUUAACCUCAGCUGUAAGGCUAUCCUUUAAUGCCUAGUAUUGGUUUGAAAUUCGUUUCAAACUAGAAUUUUCUUAUGUUAAUACUUUAAAAUAACUUAAACUUCUGUUAUAGACCAAUAUUAGCUCUGAUGGAAGCUAACUUACAUCUUUUCAUAUGACCUUUUAAAGGAGAAACGCUAUGCACAAUCUAGGGGAGUUUGUCAGGAAGUUUUACAAUUCAGGACCCAUAAGCCAAACUUGUUCUUUAAUGUACCAGAGAAGACAGUUAUAAAUGCCUUUGAGGUCAGUCUCCUUUCUAUGUGUUGUGUUCAAAAGAAUCGUAUAUUUGCAGUAAGAUUUCUGUUAAGAUGGCUUUGAAAGUUUGUUUUCCUUCUUUAGCCAAUGUGACUUUGAUACCAUUAACUCCUAAGAGUCAUUUUUUAAGAGAAACUUUACCUUUUCGGCCUUUUAAAAAGACUUUGAAAGCACAGCUUUUUCCUGACAAAAUAAUUUGUGUUCUUAUCCACAUUUCUAUAUAUGAUAGUACAUGUUUACUAUCACAAAAGAUACAUACCAAAAAAUUCACUUAUCUUGUCUUUCAUCAUUAAAACGCAUCUCUUUUUGGAAA